GGGAGAGAGGAGGAGGAGAGAGGCUCCGCGGUGUUGAGAAAGCGCUUUUCGGGGUAGAGUUACGUCCGCGCACGAGGAAUAACGCAAAUCAGACCAAAAACACGCCGCAGAUGCCGAAAUAAAGCGCAAACCGGAGCAGUCGGAGCUGUUUUUUGCGCCAAAGCGAAGCGAAACCAUGACUUCAGUGCUGCAGUUCGGGAGCCUGUUCACCCAGUUUCCUCUCGGCUUCAAGGCUUCAGAAAGUUCCUCCCCCAAAGAUUUAAACCAACAACAAACAGAGACACCAGCGGAGUUCGUACAGAGACUGAGGAGAGUGACCGGUCUGAAGAAAGAGGAUGUGUUCUGUAAUUUACGAGUCCCAGAGAAGGAUCAGUUCUCCAAAGACGACAUCGGUGUAGUUCUACUCACAGGUCAUGGGAUCUUCUGCAUCGAUGUGAAAACGUGGAGCGGAAAAGUCUCGGUGCAAAACUCAAAAUGGCAAAUUCAAGUCAGAGAAGAAGAAACGAACUUCACCAACACGAGAAUCGAACAGACGGAAGAUCCAGUCAGAGCCAUAAAGAAGAAGACUCAGUCCCUCGUCGCUCACCUGAGGCGCAGCGGCGUCUCUGUCCGUGAUCGUCUGUUUUUCCCUCGUGUCCUCUUCCUGUCCUCAGACCUGGACCUGGACCAGACUCUGCAGAACCAGACCGAGAUCCUGGUCCAGACCCGGGUCCAGGACUUCCUCUGCUCCUUCAGAGAGGGAUACGUGGGCUGGAUUUCAGACGCUCUCACGCCAUCAUGGAUCUCUGGUCACCUGUCUUACUCCCAGCUGGGCUCCGUGCGCUCGGUUCUGUCUCGUGUGGGGACCUGGGACCUGCUGAAGCUGCAGAGCGGAGAGGAGCUGAGGGGCGACUUCCAGGACUGUCCCUUCAUCGCUCUGGACCGGACCCAGACUCAAAGCAUCGAGUUCAGCCGAAACAAGGCCCUGUCUGCGGACUCUCUGUGGGCUCUGCUCGGGCACACGCCGCAGGUGACAGUAAAGAUGUACAAACGUGGAGCUCAGGGUUUCUGGUCGGGGAAGACGGUGAGCGCGACCGCCUCCAUCCCCUCGUCCUCCUGCGUCGUCUUCAGAGUCUGCGGGGACGAGACGGACUCAAAGAUCCCGGCGACCACCAUACACAGCAUCACCCUCAGCAUCUGACCACAGUAUACACACACAAACACACACACACACAAACACAGACAUAAACACACACACAAACACACACACAAACACACACACACACACAAAACACACACACAAACACAAACACACACAAAAACAAACAAACUACUGUGUGCAAUUUAGCAAAGAAGGGAUUCAACCUGCCUCACGGUUUACUGCAAAGUCUAUCAAUAUUUUACGACAAAACUUAAAGGUGCACUGUGUAACUUUUCGAUUCAGGGUCCGUCACCUUCUUGUUUCUAUGGAUACGUCAUUGCUCUGCCUGGAAUGUCCCACAGUGUGACUUUAAACAGCUCUGCCUUACUUUUUUUUUUUUUUCAAUUACAGGUGGUUUUAUCGCUCAAAAAUACCAAGAAAAACAAACAUUGUGACUGUGAGCGGGGUCGCCUCUCCACAGAUCUGACCCGUAACUUGGUCUGGUUUGGGCUCCGUGAAGAUAGAAAGCGUUAAUGCCAUACUGCGGAACAUUCCAGACAACGCAAUAACAUCUUCAUGGAGAAAAGCGUUUGACGUGACCAAAAAAGUUGCAUCUUUAAGAAUUUGAUCUUAGUUUUGACACGUCGGUUUAAAAAAGUUUUAUUACGCAACUUUUUUGGAAGAGGGUCUGAACCAAAUGUUAUUGUUUUGCCUGCAAUGUUCCACUGUACGGCAUUAAACUCCUCUUUUAUUCAGUUAUUCAAACAAAAAACCAAGCUUGCCUAUCCAUAGUUCUGCCGUGUACGUUUGCAUCGUGCCGUCUUCUGCUUGUCUCCCGUGAAAUGUAAACGUUUAAUGCCCUACUGUGGAACAUUCUAGACAAAGCAAUAACAUCUCCAUGAAGACAAGAGGGCUCCACGUUACACAAAACCUCCUUAAAGUACUUAAAAAAGGAAAUUAAUCAUCAAGACGCAAACAUUUUUGGUCAUUAAAGGUUCACUCACUGCGUCACUUGUUUGUCUCCAUGGAAACGCCUUUGCUUUGUCUAGAAUGUUAAGCAGUGUAGAGUAAACCUAUCUAAGCAGGUUAUAGCACUAGGCUACAUUACAGGUCAGAUCUGUGGAGAGGCGCCCCUAUUCACAGAAGGAAAUGUUGUAUUUUUGAGCGACAGAAACGCCCGUAAUGAAUAAAUGCUGGAUGGAAAUGUUUAAAGUCAUACUGUGGAACAUUCCAGGCAAAGCAAUAACAUCUCCAUGGAGACAAGCAAAAAAAAAGUUACACUGUGCACCUU